AAAAUGGAAGUGGAUGGAGGUGAAUGGACUGGGAAUUCGCGGUUUUUGAUUGUGAAUUACCAAGAUGGAGGAAUUUUGGACCUCAUGCGCUUUCUCCUAUCAGCUAACAAGGAAAACGCUCAUAAAUUUCUCCACUAUUCCGACGGCGGUACCCCUGUGGUGGCGGAAGAGUUGACACGUGUUCAUGACGAUACCACUGCCGGAGAUCAUCGAUGGGUUAUAUUUGUCUCCGUUAUUGUGCGCAAAUUAAUCGCCAUUUUCGGUAAACCCAUGGAAUGGUUUGGGUAUCUCCUCGACUUCAUCCUCAACCUUCUCUCUCUCAAUGGCAACUUUUUUGGCCUUUUCUACAAUAUAUUGCAUGGAAAGGUGGUGAUGCCACAGAGAGGGUCAGAAACGUUUAUAAGUGCGAUUGGGCAUUUAGAUGGGCGUAUAGACUUAUACAGGACUGAGACGUUAACCAAGGAAAUUGGAGAGCCUGAUUUCUGGCAGAAAGAUAUUCAACUUGGAAUAGGACACAGAGCCCUUAUGGACCUCUGUAUGAUGGCUUCAAAGUUGGCCUACGAGAAUGCAAAGGUCGUUCAGAAUGUCGUAAAUAUUCACUGGAAGAUGCAUUUUGUGGAUUUCUACAAUUGUUGGAAUGAUUUCGAGAAAGAGAUGUCCACCCAGGUUUUUAUAUUGUGUGAUAAGCCAAAAGAUGCAAACUUGAUAGUCAUCAGCUUCAGGGGCACAGAGCCUUUUGAUGCUGAUGACUGGAUCACUGAUUUUGACUACUCUUGGUACGAGAUUCCAAAACUUGGCAAAGUACACAUGGGUUUCUUGGAAGCCUUAGGUUUAGGGAGCAGAGCUAAAGUCUCCACAUUUCAUGAACAGCUGUUCAUGAAUAAUCAGAACUUCACCAAAUUAGAGAAUGAUGCAACUAUUGCUCCUUCAGAAAGUUCUGAAUCUUCUACCAUGUUCAGUGAUUCUGAUGCACACAGUGUGUCAGACCAGUCGCCUGAAUCAGAUAGGCCUACUGAUGCCGGAUCAAAGAAGUUCAAACUAGAUAUGCCAGAGAGGACGGCAUACUAUGUUGUCAGGAGUAAACUCAAAAGGUUACUCAAUGAGCACAAGAAUGCAAAGUUUGUUGUUACAGGCCAUAGCCUUGGUGGAGCAUUAGCUAUAUUAUUCCCGACAAUCCUAGUGCUGCAUGAGGAGAUGAAUGUCAUGGAACGGUUAUUGGGGAUAUAUACAUAUGGGCAGCCAAGGAUUGGGAACAGACAGUUAGGGAGGUUCAUGGAAGCCCAUUUGGAACAUCCAGUCCCAAAGUACUUCAGAGUUGUUUAUUCCAAUGAUCUUGUGCCAAGAUUACCUUAUGAUAAUAAAACAUUCCUGUUUAAACACUUUGGGAUUUGCCAGUAUUACAACAGCUUAUAUGUUGAGCAGAACGUCGAUGAAGAGCCAAACAGAAACUAUUUUGGGCUGCGAUUUCUGAUACCAUUGUAUCUGAAUGCUGGGUGGGAGCUCAUCAGAAGCUUUACAAUGGGUCACAUAUAUGGAGCCGAGUAUGAGGAAUGCUGGGAAUCAGUUGUGCUUCGCGUGCUAGGACUUUUCCUUCCUGGUAUUUCUGCCCACAGCCCAGUUGAUUACGUGAACUCCGUCAGACUUGGAAAGGAGAGAAGUACCCAAAUGUCGUCUUUUUAGAAAUACUUUUGUCACAAAAUAGCGGGGUUUACAGCUACAGAAGAUCAUGCAGAAGGCGUCCAGUUUAGUUUUUGAAGGUUGUUUGGAGUUUAUUUAUCUAAAGUAAACUUAAAUCAGCUUUUUGUUUAUGAGUUCAGUGAACUAUAUGUUCAAAUAAGACUUCCCUUUGUAGAAUAUGUGUUUUUUUUGUUGUUGAGCACUUUGUGUGCAUUGGAUAAACCCCCAACGUGUAAUAGCUACCAUACAAGAGAAGUAACUCGCACUGUCCAUGUC